AUGGAGGACAGGAACGUCGAAAUCGGGAGCAUAGGAAUUAUCAGUGGUUGUAGAGAAAGUGACCAGAAGAGCGAGGACACAACCGUUGAGAUAUGGGUUGAUAGCGUAUCGUUGCAACCAUUCACACAAGAAGAGUGGAACGCUCACCACGAGCAGACCAUUCACAAAACGAGGAAGGGAGCCAUGAGGAUCAGAGCCGUAAACAGCGCUGGUGAGCCAGUACCAAACGCAACAAUCUCCAUCGUACAGAAUAGACUCGGGUUCUCAUUCGGGUGCGAGGUAGAAAAGAACAUACUUGGGAACCAAGCGUACCAAAACUGGUUCACUAAGAGAUUCACCGUGACAACUUUCGCGAACGAGAUGAAAUGGUACAGCACAGAAGCAGUAAGAGGCAAAGAGGAUUACACGACAGCAGACGCGAUGUUAAGAUUCUUCAAACAGCAUGGUGUCGCUGUACGUGGACACAAUAUCGUAUGGAACGACCCUAAGUACCAACUUAGUUGGGUGACUUCUUUAUCCGGUAACGAUCUCUACAACGCCGUGAAAAGAAGGGUUUCCUCGGUGGUCUCAAGGUACAAAGGCCAGCUUGUGAGUUGGGACGUUGUGAAUGAGAAUCUACAUUUCUCGUUUUUUGAGAGCAAGAUGGGUGCUCAAGCCUCUUAUAACAUCUAUGCGUUGGCACAUUCCAUAGACCCACGUACAACAAUGUUUAUGAAUGAGUACAACACGUUGGAGCAACCGGGAGAUUCGGCUUCUAGUCCAGCAAAGUAUUUGGGGAAGCUUAGAGAGCUUCAAUCUAUUCGUGUAGCCGGAAAAAUUCAGUUAGGGAUCGGUCUUGAGUCUCAUUUCAACACUCCUAACAUUCCGUAUAUGAGAUCAGCUCUUGACACUCUUGCUGCCACUGGUUUGCCUAUUUGGCUCACUGAGGUCGACGUCCAAGCUCCUCCAAAUGUCCAGGCCAACUAUUUUGAGCAGGUCCUAAGGGAAGGCCACGCGCAUCCGCAAGUGAAAGGAAUGGUGACUUGGAGUGGUUAUUCCCCAUCAGGUUGCUACAAAAUGUGCCUCACCGAUGGCAACUUCAGGAACCUACCCGCCGGGGACGUUGUGGAUAAACUUCUGCGUGAGUGGGGAGGGCUUCGUGUGCAAACCACAGGUUUGACUGAUUCUGAUGGAUUCUUUGAAGCUUCACUCUUUCAUGGUGACUAUGAUAUCAAUAUUGCUCAUCCUCUCAUUAAUUCAACUGCUUCUCACAGCUUUACGUUAACUUCUGAUGACUCUCCACCAUCUCCAUUUGUCGUUCAUGUUUGA